UUCAAUUAAUGACGAUGAUAAUAUGUCUCAAGAAGUCCGUGAUGUUGCCCAACAAUUCUUGAUAAGCAAUAAAACCGAUAUUCUUCAAGCUAAUAAUAACAUUUCCAGUCCUUCGCCACCAACAUCGUCAUCGACCAAUAAUGAAAAAAAGGGAAGCGCAACAGAUUUAAUAAGCACUUCAUCUAUAUAA